CUGUUUCUUCAGCCAAUCUAUUGCCCAGUCAUAUUCAGUAACAGCUUAAUACCCUUCAAAGUGAAGAAUAUUAGAUGGGGGACGAAUAUCCCACCCUGUUCCGUUCGGAGCAGAUGAGCUUAGUGCAGCUCUAUGUUCCUACGGAAGUAGCACAUGAUACGACUGCAGAGUUGGGAGAACGUGGAAAUGUUCAAUUCAAAGAUUUAAACCCCAAUGUCACUCCUUUCCAACGUUCGUUCGUUGGUGAAAUUCGCCGCAUCGAAGACAUGGCUCGGAGAGUUCGUUUCUUUUCGUCGCAAAUUGAGAUGGAAAAGGAUGUUAUACCCAUCCGACCCUUAUACGACUGUGCUCCUCUGAUUACGGUCGGACCUCGUGCUGCGCAAACCAUGGACGAACUCAACGUUACGCUAGCAGAGCAUGAAUCACGUCUUUUGAGGAUGAAUGAUAGUUAUAAGAAUUUCAGCGAGAAAACGAAAGAGCUGGUUGAGGCACGACAUGUCCUUAGAGAGACUGCCGUCUUCUUUCAACGGGCUGAAGACCAACAUGCAGAUAUUAGGACUUCAUAUGAUGAUAGCUCUGCUCCACUACUUCAGCACGAUGACAGCGAAAAUCAGUAUUCUGCUCCCGUCCAAUUUGACCUCGAGUUCGUCGCGGGAACAAUUGACCGUACCAGGAUAUCGACUUUCGAACGUGUUCUUUGGCGUGUGCUUCGUGGUAACCUCUACAUGAAUCACACCGAUAUUGCUGAACCAUUCCUUGACCCUGCCACCGGGGCCGAGACGCGGAAGAAUGUCUUCAUCAUCUUUGCUCACGGCGAGGUGCUUUUGGCGAAGAUUCGUAAGGUUGCCGAAUCGAUGGGUGCGACUAUAUACCCGAUCGAUGCUAAUGCAGACAAGCGCUCCGAUUCGCUCCGAGAAGUUACAGCACGUCUUGAAGAUCUCCAGACUGUUCUCUACAAUACUGGUAUGAACAGGCGCAGUCAGCUGGUAACCAUUGGAGAAAGUUUAGCGAGCUGGCAAGACGUAGUGAAGAAGGAAAAACUCAUAUACGAAACCAUGAACCUCUUCAACUACGACGUGAGGAGGAAGACCCUGGUUGCUGAAGGCUGGUGCCCUACCAGAGAUAUCACAGAAAUCCAAAUGGCUCUGAGACGUGCCACAGAGGAUUCGGGAACUAGUGUUGUCCCUAUCUUGCAAGAACUUCGGACGAACAAGGCGUCACCGACCUACAAUCGCACCAAUAAGUUUACCGAAGGUUUCCAGUCAAUUAUGGACAGUUAUGGAAUUGCAAGCUACCAAGAAGUCAAUCCAGGGCUCUUUGCGGUAAUAACAUUCCCUUUCUUGUUCGCAGUCAUGUUUGGCGAUAUUGGGCAUGGAUUCAUCAUUUUCCUUGCUGCGCUCUAUAUGAUCAUCAAAGAAAGGCAAUGGGCAAAGGCCGAUUUAGGAGAGAUUAUUGGACAGUUCUUUUACGGACGAUACAUCAUCCUCAUGAUGGGGUUGUUCUCGAUGUACACGGGUUUAAUGUAUAAUGACAUCUUCUCGAAAUCCCUUCAUAUCUGGCAUUCUGGGUGGGACUUCCCUGAAGGAAAUGGGACGGUUGUUGCAGUUUCCAAUGGCCAUGUCUAUCCGUUUGGUCUAGACCCAGGCUGGCAUGGAGCAGACAAUGGCUUGGUGUUCACAAACUCCUACAAGAUGAAGAUGUCGGUGGUUUUGGGUGUCAUUCACAUGACAUUCGCCUUAUGUCUACAAGUGCCUAACCAUAUUCGGUUCAAACGCUCCUUUGACAUCGUCACCAAUUUCAUCCCGCAAAUGAUCUUUUUACAAUCGAUCUUCGGUUAUCUCGUUGUUUGCAUCUUGUACAAGUGGUCGAUCGAUUGGUCCACUAGAUCGACUGAACCCCCUUCGUUGCUGAACAUGUUGAUCGCAAUGUUCUUAUCGCCCGGAACCAUUGAUCCCCAGACGCAGCUGUAUCCAGGCCAAGGAUUCAUCCAAGUCGUGCUUGUCUUGCUUGCUAUGAUUUGUGUACCGUGGAUGUUGUGCAUGAAGCCAUAUCUCCAAUGGAAGGAGAUGAAGAAGAUUCAGGGUCAAGGUUAUGUCGGCUUGGGCCAACACGAUGGUAUGCCUCGCGAUAGCUCAGAUGACGUCUUAGAAGGCGAAGAAGAAGGCAAUGGUAGAGCUGUCGUAGAGGAAAUGGAUGAAGAACAUGAGCACCACGACUUCGGCGAGGUUGUGAUACACCAAGUUAUUCACACUAUUGAAUUUUGCCUCGGGUGUAUUUCCCAUACUGCUUCUUACCUUCGUCUAUGGGCGCUCUCUUUGGCUCAUGCUCAGCUUUCUGAGGUAUUGUGGGACAUGACUCUCGCUGGUUUCCUUGAGCCAUCUGGAAUUACGGGAAUUAUUGCCCUCGUGGUUAUGGUCGUGUUCUGGUUCUCGCUGACGGUGUUUAUCUUGUGUGUCAUGGAGGGUCUCUCUGCGUUUUUGCAUGCGGUGCGUCUGCAUUGGGUAGAAGCGAACAGCAAGCACUACGAAGGUGGAGGCUAUGUAAGUGACACGCUGCAGCGCCCCGUUCGGGGAUUCUUCGAUACAAAUAUUUUUGAACGUGGAAUACGCAUGCUGAUGGUUUACCCCCUUAUCCAGGCCUUUACGCCGCUAAGCUUUGCGAAAUUGGACGAGAAGGAUUCCUGAGGGGGGUUUCGUCCUGUAGUUCUGUCAUGUUGCUCUUGCCUAUUCUGAAAUAUAGCGAGGUUUC